UUCGUUAUGGUCCUUAUGGAGCUGCUAUCUGUGAGUUCAAGGUUAUUUUGGUCAUUUCUUCUCAAUGCCACGCUCUUCUUGUGUCUGUCCCAACGGUCUAGAUUUGCCCCCGUCCCAGCCAACGAAACCGAUCGACUGGCUCUGCUCGCCAUCAAGGAUCGAAUAACCAAAGAUCCUUUCAACGCCAUGAGCUCGUGGAACCAUUCUCUUCAUUUCUGCACGUGGCGGGGAGUAACGUGCAGUCUCAGGCAUGAGAGGGUCACCGUCCUCAACCUAACGUCCCUCAAACUGGAAGGUUCUAUUCCUCCCCAAGUAGGAAAUCUUACCUUCCUCAAGGUAAUCGACCUCGGAGACAACAGCUUCAGCGGUGAAAUCCCACAAGAAAUAGGACACCUCUUCCGUCUCCAGCAUCUCAAUCUCAGUUACAAUUCAUUUGGAGGAGAAAUCCCAUCCAAUGUCACUUACUGCUCCAACCUCCAACUCCUCAAUUUUAAUUCCAAUGAGCUAGUAGGUGAAAUUCCCGUCGAGCUUAGCUCUUUAUCGAAGCUCCGUGUGUUAUUUCUCGCUCUCAACUAUCUCUUCGGAAGCAUCCCACCUUGGCUAGGAAACUUUUCAUCUCUCACUCAUCUUUCUUUAAGAAGAAAUUACUUACAUGGAAGCAUCCCAAGCGAUUUAGGUCGCAUCCCGAAUUUAGAAUACCUCCGGAUAGCUGAAAAUAAUCUCUCGGGCACAAUCCCUACCACUAUUUACAAUCUCUCUGGACUAUUUCUAUUGUCAGUCUCAGCAAAUCAACUUCACGGAACCCUUCCGCCCGACCUAGGCCUCCUUCUUCCUAACCUCCGGUACUUCUAUGAGUCGAGAAACUGGUUUACCGGACCCAUUCCGGUUUCGCUAGCAAAUGCUUCUUUCUUGGAAGUGAUCUAUCUCACCAACAACGAUUUUACUGGCGGAGUUCCUAUGAAUGUCGGGACUCUUCGAUAUCUUCGUAUAUUCACUAUUGGCGGUAACCGACUUGGAACAGGGGAAGAAGAUGAGUUGAAAUUCAUCGAUUCGCUUCCCAACUGUAGCUACUUGGAAAAAUUUGGAUUUCAUAACAACAGUUUCCAAGGCUUGCUGCCCAGUUCCAUAGCCAAUCUGUCGACCCGACUCAAUUGGCUGGCGAUUGGAUUCAACCAUUUGUAUGGAAGCAUUCCUCCGGGGAUUGGGAAUCUCGUCAGCUUGAACCAAUUGAAUCUGGAUCAUAACAAUUUAACGGGUACCAUUCCUAUCAGUAUAGGGAAGCUUCAAAAGCUGCAAUAUUUAGACUUGUCGGUGAAUAGAUUUUCUGGGCGAAUUCCGUCUUCCUUGGGCAACCUCACUGAAAUCAAUAUACUUUUCUUGCAAGAAAACAGCCUAUUGGGAAACAUACCUACGAGUCUCGGAAAUUGCCAAAAACUGAUAGUUUUGAACCUUUCUCAAAAUAACCUUGAUGGUACAAUACCUAAGGAGCUCCUUAGCCUUUCGUCUCUGUCAAUUUCUCUCAACUUAGCUAGAAACUUUUUGAUCGGGUCCCUACCCAUGGAAGUGGGUAGCUUGAAAAAUAUUGGGGAACUUGAUGUUUCAGAGAACAAAUUGUCCGGCGAAAUUCCUGGUACGCUAGGCGGUUGCCAGAGCUUGGAACGCCUGUACAUGGAAGGUAAUGCCUUUCAAGGGACCAUUCCCCUGUCAUUGAACACCCUGAGAGGCCUCGAAGAGUUGGAUUUCUCGCGAAAUAACUUGAGUGGUCUAAUUCCAAAAUAUCUAGAGAAUUUUACUUCUUUACAGAAACUAAAUCUUUCUUUCAAUGAUUUUGAGGGCCAAGUGCCUGUCCAAGGGGUGUUUAAAAAUGCAAGUGGGAUUUCUGUCACAGGGAACAGUAAACUCUGUGGAGGUAUCCCAAAACUAGGCCUACCCAAAUGCCUUGUUCUGAGAUCCAAAUCACGGAGGUUUUUAAGCCUGAAAGUAUUCAUACCAGUCAUCGUUGUUGCUGUUUGUUUGAUUUCAUUAUUGUUGUGCUUCGCUCCUCUUCUUUGGAGAAGAAAAUCAAGACAGAAGCAUUUGCAAACUUCCUCAGAAGACCGGUACAAGAACGUUUCUUAUGCGGAGCUUCUCAAAGCAACUGAUGGGUUCUCUUCACACAAUUUGAUCGGCGUAGGAAGUUAUGGUUCUGUUUACAAAGGAUGCUUUGUUUCGGAUGGCCAAAUUAUUGCAGUGAAAGUACUCCAUCUUCAACGACAAGGAGCUUCUAGGAGCUUCCUUGCAGAAUGCGAGGCAUUGAGAAAUGUCAGGCAUCGGAAUCUCGUCAAGAUCUUAGCAUCCUGCUCAAGCAUCGAUUUUAAGGGCAAUGAUUUCAAAGCGCUAGUUUUCGAGUACAUGCCAAAUGGAAGUUUAGAGGAGUGGUUGCAUCCAAAAGUCGACGAGGAACAUCAACCAAGAACUUUGAACCUUAUUCAGAGGUUAAACAUAGCCAUUGAUGUUGCUCAUGCUCUGGAUUAUCUUCAUCACCAUUGCCAAACGCCCAUUUCUCACUGUGAUCUCAAGCCAAGUAAUGUUCUUCUUGACAAUGACAUGGUGGCCCAUGUAAGUGAUUUUGGCAUCUCAAGGUUCCUUUCUGUGGCUGUUGAUGAUAACUCCACAAAUAAAACCAACUCCAUUGUGGUGAAGGGAUCCAUUGGGUACGUUGCUCCAGGAAGCUAUGGUUCUGUUUAUAAAGGAUACUUCGUUUGGGAUGGCCUAACUGUUGCAGUGAAAGUACUCAAUCUUCAACAACAAGGAGCUUCUAGGAGCUUCCUCACAGAAUGCGAGGCAUUGAAAAAUGUCAGGCAUCGGAAUCUCAUCAAGGUCUUAGCAUCCUGCUCAAGCAUCGAUUUUAAAGGCAAUGAUUUCAAAGCGCUAGUUUUGCAGUACAUGCCCAAUGGAAGUUUGGAGGAGUGGCUGCAUCCCAAAACCGAUAAGGAAGAUCUACCGAGGAGUUUGAACCUUACUCAGAGGUUAAACAUAGCCAUUGAAGUAGCUUAUGCAUUGGAUUAUCUUCAUAACUAUUGCGAAACGCCCAUUUCCCACUGCGAUCUCAAGCCCAGUAACAUCCUUCUCGAUGUUGACAUGGUCGCUCAUGUGAGUGAUUUUGGUAUAGCAAGGUUCGUUUACGAGGCUGUUGGUGAUCACUUCAGAAAUAAAACCAACUCCAUUGCUAUAAAGGGAACCAUUGGUUAUGUUGCUCCAGAGUAUGGUAUGGGCGGCAAUGUAUCUACAUUGGGUGACAUGUACAGUUAUGGAAUCCUUCUAUUGGAGAUGUUCACGGGAAAAAGACCCACAGAAAACAUGUUCAAGGAUGGUUUAAGCCUUCGUGAAUUUGUCAAGACGGCUUUGCCCAAUCGGGUGCUGGAUAUUGUGGAUCUGCAACUCUUAAAACAACAAAAAGAAGAACAUAAACAAGAACAAGAACAAGGAAUAGAAGAAGAAAUAGCAUUCAAUCACAUCAAUAUUCAUGAAGAUGAAAGAGAGAGUGUACUGGGGUGCUUGGUUUCUGUGCUUGGUAUUGGAGUUGCAUGUUCUGCUGAAUCCCCGAGAGAACGGAUGCAGAUGAAAGCUGUCGUCAAUCAAAUGCAAGUGAUCAGAGACAAUUUUCUUGGGGUUGGGAUGCAUAGGGAAGGAUGCUACAAGAGCCUUAGCUGAUGUGGGGGCCA